GUGCGGGCCCGAGCACCUGUGCCCGCAGUGCCCGACGUGCCCGCAGUGCCCGGGGCCUCCCCCUUGCCUGCCGCUUUGGCCUGCUGGGCUGGGCGGCUUCGUGGCGGGCGUCGCCACCACCGCGCUCGCGGCGCUGUUCGCUGGGCGCAGCAGGGGCCGCCGCGAGGGGGCCCGUCCGGCUCGCGCCGUCGGGCCGAGCCCGCCGUUGGGCCUCGCGGACGGGCCCGCGUCGUUCGUGCCGGCGCCGGCGCUGGCCGCUGCCCCGGAGCCGAGGGCUCCAGCGGCGCUGCCGGGUGCGGCGGCGCUUCGGGGCCGGGCCUCGCACCGCGGGGCCGGGGUGCUGACGUUCGAUGGGGAUGUCUUCAUAGAGCAGCUCGACUCGGCGAGCGCGGACCUGUCAGGUAUCCGUUUUUCGCCAUCGUCGGGGGGCUUGCCCGCUGGGCUCGCGGGGGCGCCGCUCUACCGCUUCGCGGCGCAGCCUGCUGGGGCCGAGCUGACGGCGCUGCUCAACGAGGGGGCUUCGCACGCUCGCGUGGAGCGCCAGGCGAGGGGCUUGGCGCAGCCGCCCGGCGCGGGCAUGGCCGGCGGCCCGGGCGGCGUUGCCCCGGCGGUGGUGCCGACCCGCUGCCGGGUGGCGCCGGCCGCGGGCAGCUGGGUCUUCGACGUCCCUGGCCCCUCGCACGCGAUCGGGCAGGAGUUCCUCUUCCCUGCGGGCGGGCUGGACUUCGGGGGCCACGCGUUUGUCUCGGUGGGCGGGGCUAUCACCACGGGCUGCUUCGUCCAGGCGGACACGAACCUCGACGAGUGGGCGGCGGAGCGGCAGCUCUUCCUGAUGCAGGGCGAGCCGCGCCUGCUGCCCCGGCGGCAACCUGCGGGGCCAGUCCCAUUCACCCGCGACGCGGCGUGGCUGCACAAGGACCCCCGGGUCGAGAUCCACCUGAAGGGGCCGCCGACCAUGGGGGACUCGGUGACCGCGUUGAUGGCGCGGAGUCCGGGGGGCUUCAUGUCCUCCCACGAGCGCUGGCUGGUCGAGAGCAAGGUGCCCGCAGCCAGCCGCUCGGCCCGUGAACAUCGAGUGGUCUCGAAGGCGCUCGAGCUCGGACAGGCGGUGGGCGGCGUGAACCUGGCGAACCUCACCUGCAUGGAGUACCUCAACAGGCGCCGCCAGUUGUUGGAGGAGGCCCACAAGUCCGACCCGGACAAGGGCAACUUCGAGGGCGCCCACCACUUCAUGGGCGAGGAUGACGAUGGAGCGGGCACACUCGUCGCCCCGAGCCUCCGCUCGCACGUGGCCGGCGAGUUCGGCAAGGAGGCGGCCAUCGAGAAGGAGUGGCGGGAAAUCAUGACCGACUUGAACCACGACGGCGCCUUUGCUGGCAGCGCCGCCGCGGCUUUGAAAGACCAGCUCUUUUCGGAAGAGGGAGUGGCCCCGCCUUGGGGCUGGCCGGACGCACAGCCGCCCGGCUUCAGGCCGCCGCCGGGACUUCCGAGGCCGCCCGGCUGCCUGGACGAUCUCUUCCCCCUCCCGCUGCUCGACCCGCAGGAGGCCGAUUUUGGCGGCUCCGGCCGCGCCCGCGCCGGGCAACGAAGGAGAUGCAUCCGUCGGGACGUGCUGAGUGACGCGAACGACUCGCUGAUGGGCCUCAAUGCUCUGUACGGCUGUGAGCGCUCGUCAGUUACCGCGCCCGCCGAGGCGCAGAGGCUGGCACAACGGAGGUUGCUCCGUUCCGCUCGCUCUGCCCGACAAGUUUUUCCAGACUUAUUUAACAUGAGUCCCCGUGAGGCUGCCAGUGAGCUUCUGGGAUCGCGCCUCGAUUAUCAGGGAUCGGUGACGACGGUCGCCCCGCACCGCGCCGAUGCCCUGUCUUUGCCCCCCGCAGGACGACAGCCGGUCAGCCUUCAGGGCGUUCUCGACCCUGAUGCCGCGCACGCGCUUGCUAACUUUGAGAGCCUCCUGGCCGAGCCUGAGGUUCGUCAGGCCCGUCGGGAGGGGGGCCCGGUCCGACCGUACAUGGACGCUGUGCUUAAAAAUGAUCGGGCCCAGUAUGUGCAGUUUUUGGGGCAGCUCGCGAGCUGCCAUGUGCUCACCUCCACUAGGACUAAGAAAGCCUCUGUCACCCCGUUUUUCGUAUCAAAAAAGACCGACAAGAUUCGGCUCGUGUUAGACUGUCGUGAAUCUAACCAGUUUUUUAAACAUUCUCCCUUCGCGGAGAUAGCUGCGGCGGAGAGCCUCAGCUCGUUGGAGGUCCCCGAGGGCAGGCAGUUGUACAGUGCAUGUGCUGAUAUCCAGUGUGCGUUCUAUCAGUGUGGAGAUAUAGGAGAUCUAUGCCAGUACUUCUGCCUCCCUAAGGUGACUCGGGCCGAGGCUCACCGCGCUGGUAUCCCCGUGAAGGACCUGGGUAGCACGAGCGACUUCGUGUACCCGGCGAUGCAGGUGCUUCCGAUGGGUUGGUCCUGGGCCUUCUGGUUCGUCCAACGUCUUCACCUCGAGGUGGUGCGGAGGUCUGGGGUCCCUUCUACCAUGGUUGCUACUGGAUCCUGGCCUCUUCCGUCGGUCGUCGAGGGCCCAAUCGAGGUCCCGAACUCGGACAACGUGAAUGUGUUCGGUCUGGAGCCGGGGCCCGUGUUAGCAACGCGUGAUCGCAUCGUCGCCCAGUUCGAGGCGGAGGGUUUCGCCAUGCAUGAUAUCUCCGAGGUGUCGUCCGAGGGCGUCGUCCUGGGAGCUGACGUCGGAGGGCCGGACCCCCUCACCCGCCGCUCUCUAAAAAAGCUGCUGGUGGUCAGGAAAGCUCUGUUCUGGCUCGCAACGGGCCCGUGCGUAAGUGGCCGACAGCUGGAGGUCAUCGCUACCGACGCGUCCACCACCGGGAUGGGAGUAACCGAGGCCAGGCUGCCCAAGGAAGUCGUAGCGGAUGUUGGGAGAUGGCGGGAGAGGCGGGCCAGGCGGGAAAGGCCCGCUGCCACGCCGGCGCUGCGGCGGCGCCCGACGGCUGUGGCCGCGCCGGUGCCGCUUCGCCGCCCAGCAGCCGCAGGCGCGCCCGCGCCGAUGCGCCGCCCGGCCGCGGGGCCCGGCGCUGCCGGGCUUCGGCCCCGGCUGGCGGCGGCGGUGGCGACGGUGCGGACCUCGAAGGUGACAGCCGCGAUCCCGUCGGCGUGCGAGAACGCAGCCGUCGGUGCCUCAGCCAGGCUGUCCUACCAGCAGUACUACGCGGCCUUCCUGGCGUUCGUGGGACAGCCAGCCGACGACCUCGAGGCGCUCGAGGUGCAGGUCCUGGAGGUCCUCGACACGUUCCUGGAGGCGGGCUGCACGAAGGGGGACGCGGACUACCUGGUCGCCGCCGUCAAGGACGCGCUGCCGCGGGCGACGGGGCCGAGGGCCCUGCCUCGCGCGCAGCGCGCGCUGAAGGGGUACGGCAAGAAGGUGCCCCCGAGGUCGCGGGCUCCCGCGCCCCGCGAGGUGGUGGGCUCAGCGAUCUCGGGACUCCUCUCGGUGAACGAGCGGGACGCCGCGCUCCAGGUGCUCACGAUGUUCAGCGCGUUCAUCCGCCCCGGAGCGCUGAGGAAGCUGCUGGUGAGGGACCUCUUGCGGCCCACGAGGGCCGGGGGUGCCAUGGCGGUGUGGUCGCUCCUCCUGGCGCCGACGGCGGCCGAUCCGCUGGCCCCGCUCGCCCACGAGGCGGACCGAGCCCGCUUCCUGACCAAGACGGGGACGUCCGACGAGGCAGCGCCGCUCGACAACCCGCCCUGGCUCGGACCUCUGUUGGCCCAGCACGCACGCGGCCGUCCAGGGCAUCUGUCGUUGUUCACCACCCCCGCGGUCGACAUGGCGGUGCUGUUCCGCAAAGUCACGGCGGCUCAGGGGCUGCAGGAUGUGUGCCUAUACCAGUUGCGCCACGGCGGUGCGAGCGAGGAUGUCCUCUCGGCCCGCCGCGCCCUCGGGGAAGUGAAGUCGAGGGGGCACUGGAGCCAGGACAGCAGCGUCAAGAGGUAUGCAAAGCCCGGGAUGGCCCAGCAGCUGUUGUCGGCGCUGUCACCAGCCGCCCGAGCGCACGGCGAGGUCCAGUGGGCGAGGCUCGAGGACCUCUUCGCGGGGCGCCUUCGCUCCUCGUGGCCCGUGCAGUAG